UGCUACGCUAGAUCUUCUAAACGAAUGGAUGAAGGCCCAUAAUUUCACCAACAAGUCAGCGAUAACGGAGAGAAUUAUAGUCCACAGAAUGAUGGAGUACGAUUUGUUCUCCACGCCGACUCUGGUGGCGGUAACGGCUGUGUGCAGCUUACUGUUUCUGGUAGGAGUGCCAGGUAACUUGUGCACGGUGUUAGUGAUUGCUAGAAGCACGGAGAUGCGGACCACCACCAACUACUACCUGGCCAGUCUUGCCUGCGCGGACCUGCUGACUUUCUUCAUCCUGCCGUUGGAGUUGUACCGGCUGUGGUGUUACUGGGACUGGGAGCUGGGAGACGCGGUGUGCCGGGGGAUGUACUUCCUGCGGGAGACCUUCACCGCCGCCUCCAUCCUGCACAUCAGCGGCUUCACGGUGGAGCGGUACAUCGCCAUUUGUCACCCUCUCCAGGCCAAGCGGCUGCUGCGGCGCGGGCGGGUGAAGGUGCUGAUCGCUGCCGCCUGGGUUCUCGCCGUCGUCCCCGCCAGUCCGGCCCUGCUCAUCUUCGGGGUAACUCGGAUCCAAACGCCGCGGGGGUUCGAGUGCGGGGUGGUGAAUAAGGAGCUAGGUUCUGUCAUGUCAUUGGUGUCCACAAGCUUCUUCUUCGUUCCCAUGAUCCUCCUGAGUCUGUUGUACGGACUGAUGGCCUGGGCUCUGACGGACCGAGGGCACAGCCGCUUCUACCGAGGGUCGACCGAGCAGACCGAGGGAUCCAGGCGGCAGGAUAACAACCGGAGAAAGGUCAUCAGAAUGUUGGCGGUGAUUGUACUGACGUUUGUGAUACUGUGGCUGCCCCACCACGUGUCACGAGUGACGUUCAACCACGUGCGCACCUGGACGACGCAGCUGUACCAGGUGCACAACAUCGUGACGCUGCUGUCCUUCGUGCUGUUCUACCUCAGCUCAGCUGUCAACCCCAUCAUCUACAACAUGAUGUCACAGCGCUUCCGGUAUGCGCUCAAGCACUUCCUGUGCGGGAGAGACUGGCUGCGCGGCGCCCAGCUCAGCUCCAAGUCGUCUUUCCGAACGAGAUUGUCGGCAAUCUCCAGGGGACAGAGCGGUAGUGAUGGGGGUGGGGAGGAGGAGAAGGCUAGGGACGAACCACAAAUGAUUGCUAUGGUGGAGAUAAUCGGGGAUAAUGCAGACCAAUGCGAUUUGUAA